GGUGCCAAUCUAUAAUAAUCUUGAAAGAAACAUUCUGAGACCUAAGACCAUACCAUAGCCAAGCAGCUAUUUAAGACCCUGUACCGAUUGUAGCUAGCUCAGUGGAGUGUUUUUUGCAACAGAAAGUAGUUAAGAGGGGUUACCUGUCUUCUGAUUUUUUCUUCUCAAUUCACUUAAACCAUGUCUGAAGAAGAGGAACGCGAAGAGGCCGAAAGGAAAAAGAGACAGGAAGAGGCUGCCCGGCGAAGGCUAGAGGAGGAAGAGAAGAAAAAGAAGGGCAAACGAAAGGGUUUGGGUGGCCUGUCUCCAGAGAAGAAGAAACUACUCAAGAAACUUAUUAUGCAAAAGGCUGCUGAAGACUUGAAAAAUGAAGCUAAACGGAAAGCUGAAGAAAAAGAACGCUUCAUUUGCGAGAGGGUUGAGCCAUUGAUUACCGAGGGUCUAAAUGAAGCACAGUUGCAAGAUCUGGUAAAGAAACUCCAUGCGAAAACAGCAGAGCUUGAAGAAGAAGUCUAUGAUUGUGAAUUUAAAAUCAGAAGACAAGAAUUUGAGAUCAAUGACCUCACAAUAAAGGUUAAUGACACCAGAGGCAAAUUUGUCAAACCUGUUCUCAAAAAAGUAUCCAAAACAGAAGCCAAGUAAGUGAAAACGAUUCAUUGAUGUC